GGGCGGGCCUGGGGAGCCCCGCCGGGAGGAGCUUGGGGGCUGCUUGCCCAACGCCCCCCCCCCCGCGCUGUUUGCAUUUGCAGGAGCCCCAGCCGGCUAAGCCUGGCAGGCAGCAGCGCCGGGUCGCUCUGGAUGGAGCAGCUGUAAGGAGGAGGCGGCGGCAGCAGCGGCAGCAGCAGCAGGCGGGCAGGACACAGGACAGGACAGGGCGGGAGGCAGCGAGGGAUGCAGCUGGCCGCGCUCGCCUAGCAGCAGGCGCAACCUCCGCCGGAGCCGCCACUCUCCGCCGGCUCGGCUCAGCCAGUGCCUGGACUUCCUGCCUGCGUCUCCGCUUUUGUGGUUUAAGGCUCCUCUUCCACCAUGGGAAAGCAGAACAGUAAACUGCGUCCGGAGAUGCUGCAAGACCUCCGUGAGAAUACGGAGUUCUCAGACCUGGAGCUCCAGGAGUGGUACAAGGGUUUCCUCAAGGACUGUCCGACGGGCAUCCUUAACGUGGAGGAGUUCAAAAAGAUCUACGCCAACUUCUUCCCUUACGGCGACGCCUCCAAGUUCGCCGAGCACGUCUUCCGCACCUUCGACACCAACGGCGACGGCACCAUCGACUUCCGAGAGUUCAUCAUUGCCCUGAGCGUCACCUCGCGGGGGAAGCUGGAGCAGAAGCUGAUGUGGGCCUUCAGUAUGUAUGACCUCGACGGGAAUGGCUACAUCAGCAGGGAGGAGAUGCUGGAAAUCGUGCAGGCCAUCUACAAAAUGGUCUCGUCGGUGAUGAAGAUGCCAGAAGAUGAGUCAACUCCCGAGAAACGGACGGAAAAAAUCUUCCGACAGAUGGAUACCAAUAAUGAUGGGAAGCUGUCUCUGGAAGAGUUCAUCAAAGGUGCCAAGAGCGACCCGUCCAUUGUGAGGCUGCUGCAGUGCGACCCCAGCAGCGCCUCCCAGUUCUGAGUGCCAGCCUCACCGUGCAGCAGGCAGGGGGGUGAGGGAGCCCCCCCACCCCCGUGUCCCAAAAUGGCACCACAACCUCACACAGUUCACAGGCUCUCCACCCCAAGGAGGUGACCCAGUUCCCAUUAACCCCCCCGCCGGGGGAAAUGGACGCGUUUCCAGUGAAGCAGCACCACUGCCAGUGUAUUUCUUUCUUCCGACUCACAGUUUUCCUCUCCUCUCCUCCCCUUCCCGAACACUCUAGUUGUGCUUGAACGUUCAGCCACGGCAGGGUCUCCUGUGUGGUUGUGGCAGCUGCAGACAGGUGGCAAAGGUGGAGCUGGCACCUUGCCCAGGAGCUCUUGUGGUCUUGCUGGAGGUUUCCUUCACCCUCCAGCUGGCUCUGGUGUGGUGCACGUCGCUUGUGUCUGUGGAGCACUCUGGUUGUGGUGGCACGUGCCGUGCCUGUCUCUGAUCACAAGGCGCAGAAUGUGAUGGCCGGUGUCCCGUCCAGUAUCCUGAGAAUCUUUGGCUCCCUUUUAUUGCAGAGCAAACCCGCGGCCUCUGUGGUUGCAGAGAGAGUCAGAGCCUCUUGGAAGACUUGUGAGUGAAUCCCCAGGUGCCCAGGGUGGAGGGAAGGAGUAGCCCAUCCUAACGAGCUGUGCCAGGGCCACCGGAGGAGGCACAGCUGCCUCUGCUUCCUGGAGCUCUGUUUGCUCCUCUCCCUUCCGCCCUGCGCGCUGCCUGCAGGCUGGCCAUUGGUCAGGUAGAGCUGCGCAGUUAAUCAUGCAGCUCUGCCUGGGGAAUGGCCAGUCUGCAGGAAGAGCACCCCUCCCAGCUCAUUAAGACAAGCUACUCCUGGGGGAAGAGGCAGGGCUCCCGGACAGGACUUCCUCUGGCCACGGGCUAUAGCGCUCGGCAUAGCUGUUGCCCGCACACCCCACCCCACGGCUAGCAGAAUAAAUCAUGCCAAACAAGCACAAAUAUACAAAUUGGGAUAGGUGGGUGGUGAUGGUUGUUUUUGAAGCGCACGUAACGGGCACUUUGGGACCAGCGUCCCUGCAACCCUGACAGGCCGAGGUCUGCUUCAGGGGGUAUUGGAGCUCCAGCAAUCCUGCCCCAUGGCAAGGGACUGGGCUAAGUAGGCUACAGCUGCCCCAGAACAGUCAUCAAGGACCUACAGGAGAAUCCUGCACGCUUGCGAUGCUGCACAAGGCUGCCUCACUCAGAACCACCUUUGCCCUUCCUAGGCGUUUUUUCACCCGGGCAGGCCCAAGCCCCACUGCAAUCAACUCCACUGUCAACACUCCUAACCUCCAGGAAGAGCGAAGUUCACAGCAGCCAGCAAGCCUCUGCUUCCCUUCCAUUGGGGGGUGGCUUCUCUCCCCCGCCCCCAGCCCCUUCUCCAUGCCAGCACGCUUAGGUGUCGGGGAAUAAAGAUGGGCCAUCCUUCCUCAACCCCGCACCUGUGUCCCCCCCCACCCCCCUCCCCGGCCAACCACACAGGUUUGGCAUUAACCUUUAUGUAGCACUGGGCUACAUAUAUAAGCUCUCUGUGACCCUUCACCGUCACCCUGUAAGGCAGACCAGGAUGAUAAUCCCCAUCGUAUUGCAGCUGAGUUGCUCCUCUCUCCUGCCUUGCCCGACAGCCACACUGCCUUCAGGCUGGCCAUCUGUCCGGUAGAGCCACACGGUUGACCACUCAGCUCUACCUGAUGAAUGGCCAACCUGCAGGCAGUGCAGUUCUCGGGUGGGGUGGGGGAGAGCCCCCCUAGCUGCUCCCAGGAAGCAGAGGCAGCUGCGCCUCCUUUGGGGCCCCACGGCUUGUUAGGACAAAUCGCGACCGAUAAACAUACAUUGCCACUGUGUGCGGCGGGGAGGGUGUAUGGUUUGGGUGGCACAGAAGUUGGGCAAGAUCGCUACUGUGGCUGCACGGAAGGCAGUGCAGGCAAGUGAGCAAAAGGAGCCCCUGGGCUUCCUUGUGCAGGCAGGAUGGGGCCCCUCCUUGCCUCCCGUGGAGAAGAGCAGGAACACUCCCACCCCCCACCCCCAGCUGCAAAGCCACCCAAGGGCCAAACAGCUCCAAGGCGGGUGUGUCAAUCCAUCCAUCUACAAUCCAGCAUCAGACACUCAGUUUGCAUAGAUGUGCUUAGCUAUGCAUAAUCGUCUGCUUUUAUUACUGGGGCUUACUGGCAAAGGACUCCAAAGCGUUCCUGGGCCACAUGCCUGAUUGCAGGGGAAGGAUUCUCAGGAUGCGGAGGCUGCCGACAAGGGUGGGGUGGAGCAAAAGGCACAAGUAACACACACACACACCCCGAGCCCACUCCUAGGCAAGAGAGGCUCAUCCUCUUGAGCUGGGAGGGGGCCCAAGGAGGGCACAGCUCCCUCUGCUUCGUGGAGCUUCAUUUGCUCCUCUCUUUUCCGCCCCACUCCUGCAGUCUGGCAGUUCAUUAGGCAGAGCUGUGCAGUUAAUUGCUCAGCUCUACCUGAUGAAUGGCCAGCCUGCAGGCAGCACCGGGUGGAGGAGAGAGAGAAGUAAAUGGAGCUCCGGAAAGCAGAGGUAGCUGUGCCUCCUUUGGUGCCCCCCUGGUUCGUUGGGUCGAGCUGCUCCACUGAUGGAACGUAACAGGCCACCUUCUCCCUGUUCCCCACCCCGUUCCCAAAAAACCUUGCUCUGAUGGUCUUCCAGCUGCUGAACAUCCUAGGAGAUGUCUUGGUCAUUCUCAGCACCUGUUCAGCUUUCCUCUCCAGAGCAUGCCCAGAAGACCGCUUCCGUCUCCUCCCCCUGUGAUGUACACCCCUCAGAAGUCCAUCCUGCAUUCACGGACCUCCCUCUGUCCUGCCUUCAUAGCCGGGAGUAUUUGGCUUGCACCCAGAGUUCUUUUGCCGCUGGGGGAAGGGGCCCCUUUGGCUACAGUUCCGUUGGCCUCAGCCGCUCAGAGCAUCAGCAGUAUGGAAGGAGACAGUGUGCUGUAUGACAAACUGGAUUGUUCUCUGUUGCUGGGGAGGGAGAGACGAGCAGACGGCACAGCCAGCUCUGGCACAAGGACAGGACCUUCCGCUCACCCUUUUUGAGAGUGGAAGGUCAGCAGUGGUUGGGUUUCUAGCUCUGUCUCGGAGAUGUGGUUUUGCUUCUGAUGUUCCUAGUCCAUGUGAAGGAAUAUCAAGCUGAUGUAAGGGGAUUGGCCUUGGGUGGCCCCCAAACCUCAUAGGACUCCCAGAGAGAUGUCCCCCCCCCAUCUCUCCUUUUGUCAGCCUGGAGAGGAAGGUGAGGCAACGGGGGCCAGCAAGCAAGGACAUCCAAUGGGCAAAGGGCUGGCUUGCCCCUCAACCGAAUCUCAAAUUCUCAACUGAUUUUAACAUAUUUAAUUGAUUAGUCAGUUACCACUUAACCAGUUAGUUCAAGGAUUCUCAAACUUGGGUCCCCAAGUGCGGUUAGACCCAUUAUCCACUGCCACAAUGGCUGUGGACAAUGGGAGUUGUAGUCCAAUACCAUCUGGGGACCCAUGUUCGAGAACCCCCGAGUGAGUGAGUGAGUGAUUGCAUUGAAUUGCAGUAGCCUUGAGCCCUUCUGAGAGACCGAAAGCCGUAGGAGAGAAUUUAGCACUGCAGAAACCAAUGUUACCCCUCACGCUUAGAAGGAAAGCUCCUUUGUCGUCGUCUCCUUUUCGUUUCAUGGCGUGCCAGACCCCAGAAGGCCUCCAACAUUUGCUGCCCCUCGGAGUAGGUCCGCCCCCCAAACCUGGUCCCCCCUUCCUCCCCACCAGGGAGCCACGACCACCUCGUGGGGACUUUUCUACCUCAGACUGGUUGAGAAAAGCUGCCCCAGCCCUCUGGAGAAGGGCCCAGCUCCACCCCACUGCACGCACCAAAGCAGCUGCUCGUCCAUGUCGUCCGUCCCGUCGCGGGAGUGCAUGCCGGGGAGCGGGGGAGGGCGUUUCUUUUUAAUACCUUCAAAAUAAACGUCUUUUGUUCUCAGUGCAA